AUGACGACCUGCUGGCGAAAACAGGAUGGCAACAUUGGCAACUGGACAGGCCUCGGGCUGGUCCCGUGUGCCGAGCCAGCGAACAACAACGAUGUGGUCGAAUGCUGCGGUACAGAUUCGCAAUGCCUUGGAAGUGGAAUAUGCUACACGCCAGAGUUAAACACAGAUGGAGGCCAGAGCCAGUUCUACAUGGCCGGGUGCUCCAGCGAGACAUACGCCGAUACAGACGCGUGCAAGGACAUGUGCACCCAAUUCGCUCGCUCAGACGUGGUCUAUCGCUCCAGCGAUGAACUGUGGCACUGCUGCGGUGUAGGUGCAGACGGACGCGCAACAUGCAGCACUCCCACCGACAACACCUUCAACGCAGCGGAGCCCGAGGCCUUGUUAGCGGCAUAUUCCAGCUCUUUGACAGCAUCCACGUCGUCCUCCACGAUCGCUACCUCAUCCUCCACAACAACGUCGUCGGCAACAGCCACUGCUACACCCAGUACAUCACCGACUGCCGCUCCAUCAAACAACAGCUCAUCCCUCGGCACGGGCGCCAUCGCAGGCAUCGCAGUCGGUGCUGGCGUCGCUCUACUCGCAGGUCUCCUGUUCUGGUACACACGAAGACGCAUGUCUGCGUCUCGGAAAGAGCACACCGGCUUGGAUGGAUUCUUUCAGGUCCCCCAGACGUCGCCUGGCACCUCACCAGUGGCUAGUCCCGCUCCGCCCUACGAGAAGAACCCCGGUGCUGAAGUUGGCACCGACUAUCCUCGACAGGAACUGCCGGCUGCUAAGCCGAGGCAGGAGCUGUCUACUGGGAAUCUGGAGGAACGGAGGUUUGAGAUGGCAGGCUAA